CGAGAGUCGAGAGUUGUAUUUAUAUCAGCUAUUUUUUAUAACUAACUAACUUAUCAAUCUAUUAUUUCUCCAAUGAACAAAUACCCCCCCGCCAGCGCACUAUCGCCAUUCCAAUCUCUAUCCUCAACAACCCUGUAAUUUACAAAUUCCCCCCGUCCUUCGCUGAAAUUGUGCAUCUAUAGCGGGCAACCACCGCACUUAUGCCCUCGGAACUGGAGGAGCUUGUAGAGUUCCUUCAUCAUGGAAACUCCCAGAUAAGACAGAUAGCAUGUGAAAAUCUGCUUGGAUAUUCGAUAUCGCAACAUGCGCUGUUCAAGGUUCAUCAGCUUCUGCCAGUGAGGGAUCUUAAACUGCUGGUUCGGGAUUAUGCUCCAAUUGCCAAAAAUGCCCUGACGAUAUUGAUAAACCUCUCUGGGGACGAGGAGGUACUCAAAGAGCUGGCCGAAGAUGAUGCCUUCCUAGAAACCCUCCUGGGCAAAGUCACGAACAAGAAAGAACCCCACGCCAACGAAAUAACCAUGCUCCUCGCCAACCUCGCCAAAUCCGACAGCUUCAAACGCAUCAUAACCCUCACCCGCAGCGUGCCCAAGGACGUCUCCGACUCCCCCAACGCCCUCGACCAGCUCAUGGACUGCUUCAUCAAGGGCCAGGACGGCGCCAUCAACAAAGCCACCGACGCCAACUACGACUACCUCGCCUACGUCUUCGCCGACCUCUCCAAAUUCGACGCCGGCAGAGCCUACUUCCUCACCCGCCAGGCCUACGACGCCGCCAUCCCCAUCACCAAGCUCACCGUCUUCACCGAGCACCGCAGCCACAUCCGCCGCAAGGGCGUGGCGUCCACGCUGAAGAACAUCGCCUUUGAGAUCCAGGCGCAUCCGCAGCUGCUCGCGGAGGCGGAGGUGAACAUCCUGCCCUACCUGCUGCUGCCCAUCGCGGGGCCCGAGGAGUUCACCGACGAAGAGAGCGCGGCCAUGCUGCCGGAUCUGCAGCUGCUGCCGCCGGACAAGCAGCGCGACUCGGAUAAGGAUAUCAUUGCGACGCAUCUGGAGACGCUGUUGCUGCUGACGACGACGCGGGAGGGGCGCGACCUGAUGCGGGCGGUUAAUGUGUAUCCGAUCAUUAGGGAGUGUCAUUUGCAUGUUGAUGAUGAGGGGACGCGCGAGGGGUGUGAUCGGCUUGUGCAGGUGCUGUUGAGGGAUGAGGAGGGUGAGGGGAAGGGGGAGGAGGAGGAGACGAUGGAGAAGGUGAAAGCGGAGUUUGAGAAGAAGGGGGCGGAUGAAGAGGAUGAGGAGAUUGUGGAGGUGUUUUGACGUACGUUCUUUUUAUACAUACAUUUACAUAGAUGAUAGAUAGAAAGAAAUUUUCAUAGAUGGUUUUCCAUUUCCUCCUUCUUAUCUGAUUUUCAACUCCUGUU